CCUACCAUCAUUUCAUUCGCACUCUCUCUCCCCCCUCCUUACCCAAUUUCAUUCGCACUACCCCUUCCAUCUCUCUGUCUUUCUCUCGAACCUUACCUCUCACCUCUGUCUAUCUGACUUCCAUUUCCUCCACGCCUGCAACCACCUUCUCCCAUUUCCACCGUCACUCGUCGUUCUACUCACCCCCAUCAUUACCCGUCGUUGUACUCACCUCCAAACCUCCAUUAUCGGCAUGGAUCGGAAACCAUCACCCCCCGAAACCCCUAAUCCGUCGGUCGGGCUUCUUAAAUCGACAGAUCCGACUGAUGUUAAACCCUCAGAAUCUAAACCUUCACAUGCAACUGCAAAGGAAGAAGCAGUUCCAUGGAGACCGAUCUUUGUUCGUUCUAAUUACGCAUCCUCAUCUGAAACUGAUCCGAACUGGAGAUUGCGUAAGAAAUACGGAUCUAACUUGGUCUCGGAUACCUACGAAGAUUUGGACGGCCUGGAUUCUGAAGAUGGUGAGGAAGUGAACUCGGGCCCGACAGCGGAUGAAGGAGAAGAGAGCGACGACGGCGGUGGGGAAGACGACUGCAACGAACGGAUUCCUUAAGGGCAGUAGCGUUCUAAACCCUUUAUCGUUCUGUCUUUUAAGUUGUCUUGGCUUUGCAUUUUUUGUGAGUGGCCGGUUUGGAUUGUUGUGUGACCGAUGAUGAUUUUAGGGUUGUGAAUUAUUGAUAUGUGGAUCGCAUGUGUGUUACGAACACUGAUUCACCUAUGAUGAGUGUUUGCCUAUGCUAUGAGUCACCCAUGAUGACUUUUGAUUAUUUUAAGGUGUGGUAGCAUAGAACUUGUAACCUAUGAUCAUGAUUAAUUGUGGUUUGCCUAUGCUAAUAAACCUGUGAUGUAUUUCGUGCAUGUGAACUGUGGUUUGCCUAUGCUAAUAAACCUGUGAUUAACCUAUGAUUAAUUUGAGGUCUAUUAGCCUUGGAUAUGUAAACUGUGUUCAUGAUUAAUAUGUUGGUUUGCCUAUGAUGAGUUACCUGUGAUGAGUGUGAUUACAUCUGAGGUCUGCUAGCCUAGGAUUUGUAACCUGUCUUCAUGAUUAUGAGUGUUUGCCUAUGCUAUAAGUCACCCAUGAUGAGUUUUAAUUAAUUUGAGGUGUGGUAGCAUAGGACUUGUAACCUAUGAUCAUGAUUAAUUGUGGUUUGCCUAUGCUAAUAAACCUGUGAUGUAUUUCAUGCAUGUGAAUUGUGGUUUGCCUAUACUAAUAAACCUGUGAGACUUCUUUGAUGUAUCUAUGAUUAAUGUGAAGUGUAUAUGUAAACAAGUGUACAUCAAAAUAUGCCAUAUGCUUAUAUUGCUUCUGUGUAGCUAAAUUAUUGUACACUAGUAGUGGGGAUACAUCAAAACAUUGUACUCUACUGCCCGUCAUAGUACAUACGAAAACAAUACCCCACCUAGUCAUUACAAACCUGUGUGUACUUACAAAACAUUAUAAAAGUAAACCACAAAGGGUAGUUACUUCAUACUUGAAGAUGUUGUGCAUCUUCAUGUAUGAACUGAGCCCCUUGAGUUGGAUUUGUGGAAUUUGUUGCCAUCUAUCCAUCCAUGAAAGUCUUAGCUGUUUGAUACAACUCAGUGGAUAUCUGGACAUUUCUUGGUAGCAUUCCCUGUCUUUGCAACUUGUCCUUGCCCACAUGUGGUAGCUUGAAAUUAUUCUCUCCUCUGUGAUGUAGUAUUUCUUGCAUGACAUAUUGAUAGCUCAAAAAUACUUUGUUCAGAGUUUGUGGUGUCAGCUCAUCAUAUAAGGCUUGAACUGCAUGUCUUAAAUCCAUUAUGUUCUUUGGGGCUUUUUUAUCCUUUAUAAUAUCAAUAGCCCUAAAGAAACCAAGGUCCAAUACAUAUAAAUCUGGACUGUUGGGAGGUUGAGAUUGUAGUUGGAUGUUCCAUCCAUCCUGUGAUCCUGAUUUCAGAAACUCUGCAUCAUGUAUUUCUAUGUGUGGCUUGGCAUUAUCUUGUUAUAUUAUGACCUUUCUGUUUGAUGAGUGUGGCCACUUGGCUUUGAUUGCUGGUAGUAGGGUGUUUAUGAACAUGUCUCUCAUAACUUGCCUAGUGACACUCAAUGUUGGUUUGGUUUCUAAAGUCCCAGCUGGCCUGUUUUUGCUUGAUCUCUUAGUUGUGUCUUCAUAUGUGAAUGGAAAAAUCCCUAUUUCCCCAUCCCACUCCACCUCCCCACUGUCGGCAAUUCUAGGCCUUCCUACUGCAGUCAGAAACAUUAUUUUGGGCAAAAAAUUUCUUAGAUUGAGUUGUUCUAAAUGGAUCAUUUUCCGUGGGAAGGGUGUAAAAACUUGUUGUCUCUUUUGACAAAUAAAACCACUUUUCAUCUAUGUGAACACAGUCAUAGAAAUCAUGAAAUGUUGGACUUGUGUGUACUGAUUGAGGACUGAUUUGACUCAAACAAAAGUGUAACCUUUUCAAUUUACAUGCUUAUGUUAGAAGAGGCUUGAUUGCGCUUGAAUGUCUCCUUAUCUGCUUUGUCUUAAACCACCUGUGCACUGUUGUUUUUUAGGCUUGCAUAACAAAUGCCAGUGAUAUCUGAUUUUUCCUCUGAUGUAAGGGAAUCUGGACAAUGUUUUGCAUAUCAAAAGAAAUUCUUUUUCUGCCAACAUUUCCCUUCAAUCUGUUAUCCACAUGUAUGGCAUGUGCCGUGGCAAUAUCCUGCUUUGCUUGAGUCCAGAAAUUGUGAAUUGUCCGAGUUGAUACUUUAAAUUGGGUGGUUAAUGUUGUUAUUACACCCCUCUGAAGUUUACCUUCAACUGAACCGGCCAGUAAACUCGCAACCAACUUCGUACGAUUUUCAAAACUCAGCCUAGGACAUUUUUUUACUGCUCCACUGCUUUGUACCACAAACCCCCCAGUGGGGUCCACUGUUAGAUAUAUUAUUGGCUCAACACUAUUUGUGUUCUCUUGUGCAGGUUCACCAUCCGGAUCUUCUUCUUCUUCUUCAAGAAGGUCUGCAGUUAGAUCUAUUAUUGGCUGAACACUGUUUCUUUUUUGUCCAGCAGAAUCUUCUUCUUCAAGGGGGCCACAUUUAGAUCAAAGAGACCAGUUUGUUGGCCAGCAACAUUUAUGGAAGAAAAAAAAGAUAAAGAGGAGAAACGUAUGGAAAAGAAAAAAAAAGAGGAGAAACGUUGUGCUUUCAUACGUUCUCUUUAUACGUUCUCUUCUUUUCCUUAUGUUCUCUUUUUUAAUACUUUUUCUUUUUUAUUCUCCUGUUUUUUUUGUUCUCAUUUCUUUCUUUUUUUGUUUUGUUUUUGUAGACGCCUUCUACUUUAAUGUCAUAUUCAAUUAUUAUAAAAAUGUAUAAUAUAAAAUAUUAUUAAAUGUUUCAGUUUAUUUUUUAGAGUCAUGUAGGAGUUGAUUAUAGAUAUAGGAGCAUAGACCAUGAAACUCAAUUGCAUGUUUUCAAUACUCAAUAAAGGAAGUUUGAUGCUCAAUA